GCCGAGUAAAAACUCCAACAAGAAUCAGAAGUCAAUCUGGGUUCUUGUAGAACCCAGAUCGAAGCGAGGAAGAAAAGGAAGAAUUGGGGCAAGCAUUGUGUGACGGAGGGUGUGAUGACCGAGUGUGCAUAUAUCAUUUUCCUUUUUGAAAGCAUUGGGCAAGCAUUGUGUACUAUUGAAGAUGACUGAUAAACUUGAAGAUCCAGUUUCUCUAGAUGAGGAAAUUAGCUUGGAAGCUGAGGAAACAGUAGGUGAAUUUGAAUUUGUGAUUUUUCUACAUGAGGAAAUUAGCUUGGAAGCUGGGGUUUACAAGGUUUCCAAGGAAGAUAUGAUGGACAAGUUCAAGGAAUGCAUGAUCUAUACCUUAGCUGCAAAGGAAAGGUUUUAUAAAGCCAUAGCUGAUAGAUAUAGGACUGCUGGUACUGCUAUUUCAUCUGAUGAUCGCUUUUCUAUUUUGGAGUGCAUACGUAUUUUACAAAUCAUGAAAGGUAUUUCUUAUUCUACAGCAAGAGAAGCUAUUACUGCAUUCAAGAAUUCUCUAUAGGAUAGGCAGAUUUUUGUCUCAUGAAGCCCGAAUGGAGAAAGAAUUGGGUGGAAGACCUUGAUCAAUGAAGUGCAUUCAAUGUUGUGUUUGUUUAGUUUGCAUUAAAUGAUCAUCUAACUUUCAUGGACAUUAGAAUUGCUUAGUUUGCUUUUGAUCUUGAGUUGAAUAGUUUGAACCUUGUGGUGCUAUGUGUUUUUGUGUAGUUUGCAUGCAAUGAUUUAUGAACACUGAGUUUAUGAACUGUUUAGUUUGUUUUUGAUCUAUUAGUUGUUUAGUUUUUUUAAUAGGAGCUAUUUCCAAUGGUCUUAUAUUUGUAUUUGUUUUUCCAUUUUAAUUUUUAAAUUUGUUUGUUUGUUGGUUUAUUUAUUUAUUUAUUUUUUAUAAUUAUAAUGAAGAUGUUUUGAGUGA